AUGAAGAUCCCAAGGAUUUGUAAAGAACAGAGUAGUUCGACCAAUGUCAUUCAAUGGGGAGUCAUUGAGCAACUAGAAAUGAUGGGCGAGCUAACGCCAUCUGCAAAGGUACUUAGUGGAUUCAAUAAAGCAGACGAAACAACGAAGGGGGAAAUCAUAUUGUCAGUUAAUGCGAGAGGAGUGAUCAAGAAUAUAAGAUUUUAUGUGGUAAAAGGUGGCAUAGAAUGCAAUGCUAUCUUCGGUGGACCUUGGAUUCAUGAUAUGAAGGCAGUGCCUUCGACACAACACAAGCAGAUAGAAUUUCCAACAUCGGAUGGAAUUGGUUGCAUCCAGGGAACGAUUAGCGGCAGAAAGAAUAUUAGACAUCAAGAUUGCUGCGGAAAAUGGAGUGAAACCAAUGAAAGUUAA